ACUUUAAACUGGGUUAUAUCUUUUGAACAAAGGGGGGUAGGGUUUAGGUAUUUCACAUAUAGAUGUCUCAUGAAGAGACCUUUCUUUUGGUACCAAGACUUUUUACCUUGAACUUUGACCUACUUUUCAAAAACUUUAACCUGGGCUAUAUCUUUUGAACUAAGGGGGAUAAGGCUUGAUAUUUCACAUAUAGAUGCCUCAUGAAGAGGUGCAUCCUUUGGUACCGGCCAAGACUUGACCUAGUGACCUUUUCUAUGGACUAUCACCAAUUUUUAAAAACUUCAAUCUGGGCUAAAUCUUUUGAACCAAGGGAAUUGAGUUUUAAUUUUUCACAUAUAGAUGCCUCAUAAAGAGACCUUUAUUUUGAAAUCAAGACCUAUAGUCACCUGGACUUUGACCCAUUUUUCAAAAACUUUAAGCUGGCCAUGAGCUAUAUCUUUUGAACCAUUAGGGGAAUAGAGCUUUGAUAUUUCACAUAUAGAUGCCUCAUGGAGAGACAUUUCUUUUGGUACCAAAAUGUUUAACCUUGUUACCUUGACCUUUGACUCAUUUAACACAAACUUUAACCUGGGAUAUAUCUUUUGAAUCAAUGGGGAUAGGGAUUGAUUGAUUAUUGUUUAACGUCCCUCUUGAGAAUAUUUUGCUCAUAUGGAGACGUCACCACUGCCGGUGAAGGGCUGCAAAAUUUAGGCCUAUGCUCGGCGCUUAUGGCCUUUGAGUAGGGAGGGAUCUUUAUAUCGUACCACAUCUGCUGUGACACGGGACCUCGGUUUUUGUGGUCUCAUCCGAAGGACAGUCCCAUUUAGUCGCCUCUUACGACAAGCAAGGGGUACUGAGGACCUAUUCUAACCCGGAUCCCCACGGGACGGGAUAGGGAUUGAUAUUGCACAUAAAGAUGCCUCAUGAAGAGACCUUUUUUAUGUCAAGAUAUUUUAUUCUAGUAACUUUUACUGGAGACCUACUUUUCACAAACUUUAACCUGGGCUAUAUCUUUUGAACCAAGGGGAUAGAGCUUUGAUAUUUUACAUACAGAUGCCUCAUGAAGACACUCUUUCUUGGAUGCCAAGACUUUUGAACUUUGACCUACUUUUCAAAAACUUUAACCUUGGUCUUUUGAACCAAGGGGGAUAGGGCUUUGAUAUUUUACAUAUAGAUGCCUCAUGAAGAGACUUUUAUUUUGGUAACAAGAUGUUUGAUCUAAUUUCCUUGGCCUUGAACUCCAACCUACAUUUUGAAACUUUAACCUUGGCUAUAUCUCUUGAACCAAGAGUGAUAGGACUUUGGUAUUUCAAAUAUGGAUUUCUCAUUACAAGAUGUUCAUUUGUUUUGGUACUAGAACUAAUGACCUUGGAAUUUUGACCUACUUUUCAAAAACUUUAACCUUGGAUAUAUUUUUUAAAGGGACUGGUUCAUGAUUUUUGAAAAAAAUAUUUUUCAUAUUUGAUGUCAAACAUUAAAAAUAUAAAACUGAUUAAAUGAUGACAGCCAAACUUUUGAACUUCUGAGUGCAAGAAUAAAAGCUAUAUUUUAACCUUAAAUCUGUGUUAUGUAAACAAAGACUCGAGUCUUUUCAUGUAUACAAACAUGCCAGUGAAAUGUUAAUUUUGUAAUAUAAAGCAUCCUAAUUUUGCAAAGUUACAAAUUUUAACUUUUAGAUGACACGUUUUACUCGGAAAAUGCUUGAAAUGUGAAAGAUAUAAUAAACUUAGAUCGAUAUCCAUUUCUUUUGAAAAUUUCGUAAACAAUAAUUUAACAUACCGCAAUCUUUGUUUACAAAACAAAUAAUAGACUCUCUAAAAUGAGCUUCUGUGAUGAUGUAUAACCUUGAUUUUUAUGUGAAAUCUUUUAAAUACAUUAGACAAUAGAUUUUGAUCAUUAAAAGUGAAAAAGAAAAUUUUAUGGAAGAUCGUGAAUCAGUCCCUAAAAUUAAACCAAGGGGGAUAUGGAUUUCGUAUUUAGAUGCCUCAUGACCAGGCUUUCAUAUGGUAUCAAAACUUUUGACCUAACGACCUUGAACUUUUAACUACUUUUCAAAAACUUUAACUUAUUGAACUAAAGAGGAUAGGGUAAGUCAAUAAGUGUCAUGAAUACCCGCAUGCUAAUGUUGUCUUCUGACAACUCGUGUUAUUUUUGGUAUAAAAUUGUCUAUUCAUUUCAAAUGCAUAUCAUCGCCUAGCCGUACGUGUAGCUCAGUAGGUUAGCACGCCGACUGCUGAACUGUAAAAUGUGUGUUAUGGUCCAGCAGGGGUUUUAAAUUUUUUUCAGAUUGUUUUCUACUAAAACUGUAUUUUUUGACUAAAUAAAAUAAAUUUGAAAGUUUUUAAUUUCAAAAUAUUGUACAUAUCCUCCACUUUUCAUCCAUAUCAAAUUUCUCUGGUGUAGCAUACAACCUUAAAAUAGGUUUCAAAUUAAUUUUAAUAAUAUUAAAAAUAUUUUUAUGAGUACUCUCAGUCCUUUGAUGAUUUUCCGUAGUAUUUAAUGCAUAUAAUGGUAUGAUAAUUCAAUUGAAGAAAGCAAUAAUUUAUUCAAUAUUAUUUCAUACAUUUUAUUGAAUAUUGGUGCACACUACAGAGAGCAAUAAUUCAAUUAUUGAUUAUAAUAUAUUGCUCUCUUCGAUUGAACUGUAGCGUGAAAUUGAUCUCAUAAUUGCAUUCUUGCGUACAUCAAAUGAAUUUAUGAUAUCUUCAAUUAAAUGAUUUUAAAACCUGACAAAAAACAAUUUUAUGUCAAAUGUAGUUGAAAUUCUGGCUGAUAUCUGAUAUAAGGUAUUACAAUAUUUGCAUGUAUAUACACACUGAAGAAUUACAGAUACUAGUCGGGUAUAAUCAAUCGGUUAACGCGGUUUUGUGAUAUUUUUCAUUAUACCUAUGUAAAUUUUUCUAUAACUUUGAUGGGCGAAUUAUUUAUGGUGCGACUUAGCGUUCAAUACAUGACAUGCGCAGUAGAGGAAAAAUGAAAAGAUGGCGGCGGAAGUGACACCCAAGAAACCUCCCGACUGGAAAAAUUUGACAGACACCGUCCAAGAUGCAGAAUCUUUGCGACAGGAGUCAAUUAAUGCCCACCAUGAUCACCUGAUUACAGAAAUUGAGACCUCAGAUGGACCACUCGGUACAUCGCUCAGAGCUGUGUAUGAGGGAGAUGAAUUGGUAAAAUUCAAAGACAGUCUAAGUGACCACAUUAGGAACCAUGAUAAGGAAAUUGAACGAAUGUGCAACUACCAUUACCAGGGUUUUAUUGACUCAAUCCGUGAGCUUUUGAAAGUCAGCUGUGAUGCGGCUCAGCUAAAGGAUGAAAUUUCUGAAGUAAACAGCAGGCUUCAAGACUCCUGUGAGCCGCUGUUAACAAAAGGGGAGGAGCUUGUGAAAUGUAGGCGAGUCCAAGGAAACAUAGCAUCAGCUGUGGAAAAUUUAACUCUUUGUUUACCAGUAUUAGAAAUGUAUGGAAAACUUAAAGAGCAGAUGUCUUCAAAGAGAUAUUAUCCGGCACUGAAGACCCUAGAACAGCUGGAGCACACAUAUCUCCCCCGAGUGGAGACCCACUGGUUCUCGCAGACUAUGAAAGAGGCCAUCCCUAAGCUACGAGAGCAAAUCAAAGAUGCCAGUAUGUCAGAUCUCAAAGACUUUUUGGAAAAUAUUCGAAAACAUUCUGCAAGAAUCGGAGAAGUGGCCAUGAAGCAUGCAGCCGAACAGAACAAUAUGGACCCAGCCAUAGUUCAGUCCAAUAAGAAGAUGAAAACAAAGAGAGCUCCUAAACCUCCAAACCCUUUCACGGGGGAGAUUGAGACGGAGGAAGAGAGGCGAAAUAAAGAUAUUAUUGCCGAUCAGGCUGGAGAUGAUAUGGGGGAGCUGAGUGCACAAGAUCUGAUUGACUUUUCUCCUGUGUAUAGAUGCCUCCAUAUCUACACUGUGUUGGGAGACAGAGAGAAGUUUGAGACAUACUAUAGAAAACAAAGACGAAAACAAGCACGGCUUUCUCUUCAACCUCCAUCUAACAUGCAUGAAUCCAUAGAAAACUUCAAGAGAUAUUUCCAUGAUAUUGUUGGCUUCUUUGUUGUGGAGGAUCACAUUCUGAGCACUACUCAGGGACUCGUAAAUCGAGCCUACAUGGAUGAACUCUGGGAAAUGUCAGUUUCCAAACUCGCUGCCUCUCUCAGAACAAGUGCUGCCUCGUGUAAGGAGUCGGAAAUGAUGCUUGACAUUAAGAAGUUGAUAGUGCUGUUCUGCCACACCCUUAGGGGUUAUGGGUUCAGUGUAGGGCAUCUGCUUGAACUGCUGUUAGAAAUGAGAGAUCAGUACAGUGACAUUCUGACCCGACAGUGGGUGGACAUCUUUAAUGAGAUUUUCAGCGAGGACAAUUACACUCCUAUCUUCGUGGAAUCCGAGGAGGAGUACACCGCCAUUGUUACACAGUUUCCAUUCCAAGAUGAAGAGCUUGAACAGGGAGAAGUGCAAUAUGUAUAUCGAUCAAAGGAAACAUUCCCUAAGAGAUUUCCUUUUUCCCUUUUUGUGCCAAAUAUCUACACACAAGUGAAAGCAUACAUUAAUGCUUGCCUCAAAUUCUCUGCUGAUUUACACUUGAGCCAUACAGAGAUUGAUGACAUGAUCCGUAAAUCAACCAAUCUGUUGUUGACAAGGACAUUGGGCAGUUGUUUGUCAUCAUUAAUCAAGAGAUCAGAUUUAACCUUGCUGCAGUUGAUACAGAUUGCUAUAAAUAUGAAUUAUCUGGAGAAAUCCUGCAGUUACCUGGAGGAGUAUAUUUCAACUAUAACCGGAGCUCAGAGUGAUAGUGCACACAUGGCAAGACUUCAUGGUACAUCUAUGUUUAAGGAUGCCAGAAGUGAUGCAGAGGAGCAUAUUUACAACAAACUGAAUUUGAAGAUCAGCGAGUUCAUAGAAUUAGCUAACUAUGAUUGGUUGUUGCCAGAGUCUCGGGGUCAUGCCAGUGGAUACAUCACAGACCUUGUGGCUUUCCUUCAGAGCACCUUCAUGUCUUUCACAAAUCUCCCAGUUGUGGGCGGGGCUGGAAUGGAAAGUGGCACAUGCCGCAGAUGCGGCUUUUCACUUUUCAAGGAAGAAGAAAAGGUUGCCAAAACGUCAUGCAUGUCUGCCUGUAAGCAUGUAGCUGUGUCAUUACUGGAGUUCAUCAUGGAGAACAAUGUCAAACAGGUCACGAUGGGGGCGUUACAGCAGUUCAAUCUUGACCUUAUUCAGUGUGAACAAUUUGCAGCUUCUGCUCCUGUACCCGGAACAAGAGACGGAACACUUCUAAUGGCCUUUGCUGAUCUUAGACAACUCUUGGAUCUCUUUCUCAAUUGGGAUUGGUCCAUUUAUCUGGCAGAUUAUGGUCAGCCCACGUCCAAGUAUAUCCGAGUCAAACCAAGUGAUGCCAUCAGUUUACUAGAAAAGUUGAACAAUACCGACAAUAAGAAGAAGAAUCUAUUUACGGCUUUGAAAAAGAAUGAAAGAGACAAGAAAAAACUUAUAGACACUGUUCUGAAGCAGCUCCGUGGUCUAGUGAAUGGAACAGCCUCGAUAUGAAUAUUGGAAUUAGUGAAUGGAACAGCCUCGAUAUGAAUAUUGGAGUUGGAACACUUGGCUGUGUACACUUGUGUGAUAGAUACAAAGAUGAAAAGGGUUUUAUCUGAUUCACCAUGAUAAAUCACCCUUUAUGCUUUUCCUACAGAUUAAGAGUUUCAGCACUUUGAUUCCAGGAGCAAUACAGUCAACAGUGGAUUAUCAUUUAGUGAUGGAAUCAAGUGAAAAUGUCUGGGGAGAGUUCAAUGUGAUAUAUGUAUUGUCAUAUGGUUUUCUACUCUGAAAUAAUUACACUGGCAUUGGGUGGAAGUCUAUCUGUACUUUUGUAUAAUUACACUGGCAUUGGGUGGAAGUCUAUCUGUACUUUUGUACAUGUAAUUUGUUACUUAUUGCCUGAUCAUAUCCAGGAUACUUAAAGAGAAUCUGGUAUUUCCCAACACCCAAAACCUUUUGUACUUUAUAGACUAUAUACUUGUACAUUAUCAGUACACAUAUCUAUUAAUAUGCUAGCUUGGCUCUAUUUCAUGUAUAGCAACAUUUUCAAAUUUCACUUCUGUAUUGUAAUUCAUUUUUUCAGGGUUGUACGGGGAAUUGAACUUAUAACAAAUAUUCCACCUUGCAUAUAGUUAAUUAUAUUUCUCUGCAUUUAAUUGGGAACGGCAGCAAGUUUUGGUAUCUUGCAAGAUUGAAAUGAAGUGGACAUCGUACUUCAGAGUUUUUUCUUGACCAUACUUUUGCUUCUUGUGGAAAAACAUGCUAGUGCUUUUGAAAACAAAGUCAUCAGAGUUUCAGUUGCUAUUGCAAUUUUCAUAUUUUGGUUGUUGAAAAUCAUUUGUCAUUACAGUAUACACUUGUCAGAUAUACACUUGUACCAGCAAACUUAAAACUGUGAUCUAAUUUUCAUGAACAAUUGUACUAUGUGCUUAUGGACUGGUCGUUUGCUCUGUUUCACCGAGUCACACUUGUAAUGCUAGCUGAUACUGCAGAUGAUUGUCUUUCCUAGCAUUGAUAUGAUGCAGAAAAUCUUGAUGUUGUUAGGGGUCUUUGAUAAUCACACAUAAUGCAAUUCCACUUUUAUAUAUUUUGUCAUAUUGUCCAUAGCAUUUAAAUUUGUUUGUGGUAACAUUUUGAAAGCUACCAGUGUACAUCAUGAAAUUUUUUGUUUUUCUCUUAUUUUUUGUUGUUGAGUGUUCUUUUUUUUUGUUUUUCUUCUUUUUUUUUUUUUUUGGUUUUUUUGUUGUUGGUUUUUUUUUUGGGGGGGGGUGUUUAAUUUUGGAGGGGGGAUCAUAAUUUCUUUUCUUUCUUCUAAAGAAAACUAUCAUGGUAUUGUUCAAUUUGAAAUUACAACAAAACUUAACAUUGAUGGAAAAAAUAUUUGGGGUGACCAGAACAGUAGGUAUAUAUGUGAUUGUUUAACUGCAGAAACAUUUGAGUGCUUGGAAUAAGUUGGUUUCACAAUAUUUAUUUACCAAAAUGUGCAAUAUUAUGAGUGAUCAUAAUAAAAAUCACUUUAUUAUGUGUAUUUGUUGAUAUUUGUUUGCUUGAAAAUAAGAAAAUAAAAGUUAAUGAAUUAU